CUCGAGACCGAUAGCGAUUCAAACGAAUCAUCGCAUGUGAAUUUGGCGAACAGUACAACAACAGCGGCUGUGGUUAACCCAUUAAUGCAUAACAUCAACAACACCAAUACUAACAAUAAUAGCAACAACAACAACAACAACAAUAAUAAUCGCAUUGACUGGAAUAAGCUGUUGACGACACGUUUGGUAGAUUUGCCCGCGAACAUGACUUCAAUGGACUCAAUGGCCGCGCAAUUAGCAGUCAUAUCUGGUUAUCCAAAUUUCAAUUGGCUACAAUUGAUGCAACAGCAGCAGCAGCAACAGCAACAACAACAACAGCAACAGCAACAUCAAGCGCCAACCCAACAACCAACGCAACAACAACAGCCGCAGCAGCAGCCGCAGCAACAGCAACAGCAACAACAACAACAGACAAAUUCGGCGACACCAACUACCUCAGAGACAUCGGCCACCGCUGUAAGUCCGCCACUCAAGGAUUCACCCAGUCCCAGUGAUGCCACCGGUGAACAACCAUUAGAUCUUAGUUCCAAACCAUCGCCAAAUUCAUCCAUUAGCGGCGAUUUGAAAGCAGUGAG